CAGCUUCAAAGUGCAUGCAGUGACAGUGUGCAGAGUGCAGGGAGAGGGAGUGCAGCUGGAAGUAGGUGCAUGUACACUCGGGGACACACUGAGAUAGCAGCUGGAUCUUUGGAUAAGACGUCCCUGGUCGUUCAUUGGCGUUCCGUAGCCAGGAGGAGCGGAAAGAUGCCCGGGGUGGUGAGUAAGAACCCCGACCUGGAGUUUGACUCCCUGCAGCCUUGUUUCUACCCGGACGAGGAUGACUUUUAUCUGUGCGGACCGGACUGCGCUCCCCCAGGGGAAGACAUCUGGAAGAAGUUUGAGCUGCUCCCCACUCCUCCUCUCUCCCCAAGCCGAGCUGGGCUGCAGAGCGACCCCUUGUCUCCUGGGCAGGGGCCCUUGCUGGAGUACGGCUUACAGGGGGAUGGAGAUGCUUUGGAUUGGGCGUCGGAGUUCCUGCUGCUGCCCCCCGAAGCCGACCUGCUGGGGGGAUCGGGCUGGGGUCUGCCACAGAGCAGCGAGCUGGGUUUGUCCCCUUGCAACCUCAAGUCCAUCAUUAUUCAGGACUGCAUGUGGAGCGGCUUUUCAGCCAGGGAGAAGCUGGAAAGGGCUGUCAACGAGAAGCUCGGGAAGGCUGCCGGGAUUGUAGAGUCUGGAACCCCAAGUCAGGCUGGCACCCCUGCCGCCAGCAACCUGCUGGGUCAAGGAGAGGAUUUGAACAACCCUGCCUCUCACUGCGUGGACCCGGCGGUGGUUUUCCCAUUCCCGAUCAAUAAGGGAGAGAGUGUCAGAAAUGCCCAGGCUGCUACACCCGUCAGUGCCAUAUCUCCAGCCCCUGUGCCAUCCUCUGUACCAGCCAGGGGCUGUGCCCAGCCAUGCCGAAGCAGCACCAGCUCUGGAGACGAGAGUCACAGUGAGUCUGAUGACGACGAAGAAGAAGAGGAGGAGGAGGAGGAGGAUGAAGAAGAGGAAGAAGAAGAAGAAAUAGACGUUGUGACAGUGGAAAAAAGACGCUCGUCGUCUAACAAAUCCGUUGUCUCCCCAACGAUUUUACGCUCGAAAAACAUCAACACCACCACAACGAAGAACCUGCCUACUGAACUCAUCCUUAAGCGAUGCGCCCCAGUCCACCAGCAACACAACUACGCCGCGCCCUCGCCAUACAUGGAGACAGAAGAGGUAGCUCCGCCUCAAAAAAAGCAGAAAAGCGAGGCUCCACGGCCAGUCAAGAAUGUGGUACAACCAAAGUCCAAAAGCUCCAGCCCUCGCAACUACGACUCCGAAGACAGCGAGCGGAGGCGCAACCACAACAUUCUCGAACGCCAGCGCCGCAACGACCUGAGGUCGAGUUUCCUGACCUUAAGGGACCACGUGCCCGAACUCGUUAAAAACGAUAAAGCCGCUAAGGUUGUCAUUUUGAAAAAAGCCACUGAAUACGUUCAUUCCCUUCAAGCCGAGGAAGAAAAGUUGUUACUAGAGAAAGAAAAACUGCAACUUAGACAGCAACAGUUGGUUAAAAGAAUCGAAAACUCCCGGACUUGCUAAAUUUUAUUUUAUUUUUUUUCCCUUCUAUUCUGAACUUUCACUGCCACUUUGCACAAUUUUUUGAUUCUUUAAAGGAGAAAUACAAAACAAAA